CUCAUCCUUGCCUCCUCAAAUUCCCUUCAUCUUACACUUCCAUCUUUAUACUUCAUCCAUGGCUCCCACCAACCCUCAACUUCACCCUGCUGCUGUUUUCAAUAACAAAGGAUUUCAAAAUCCUGCUGCCUAUGAGAGGAAUCUGGGGUGGGAGUCACUGCUUGAGAACCAAAGGUUCAGUCACUGUCGGCUGUUCUAUGUCAACAUUAAGCAGGGUCGUGGUGCUGAACCUGUUCUGUUCACAACCCAAGUUUAUAACCAUGAGAUCACUGUCACUCCAACUCUCCUAGCGAGUCUCCUUGGCCUUCCCCAUUCUGGUCAUCAGGCUGGCUUCAAUGGACAGCGCAUUAGCUAUGCCUCUCUUGUGUUUGCUCACAUGUUGCGGUUUGGUGAUGGCAACUACAGUGGUCCUCUUCCUUUUGGCCCUUAUAUCACUAGACUCCUGUUUUGUCUGGGCAUAGAUCUUCGUGACAAGAUCACUGUGUGUGAUGUCCGAGAAGAACUUUGCCCAAAUCAUGUUCUCAAUCGGGUUGAUGCGGAUGUGGGACGACGUAAGCCUGUCUAUGGCUCAGGGGGAGAACUGUUCCAUUCUCACAUGAUCACUGCGCUGAUAGAUGCCGCAGUUGCUGCUGUGUCUAACGAGAUCAAGAAACACGACAGUAGCUCAGUAAAAAGGAUGGUUCCUGCUGAUCUACUGAUCUUUCAAGAUCGGUUGAAGAUGCUCAAGGCAACACAAGAUGAUCUACCUGUCUUAGAACCUUCUUUGGAUUCCGACACUGAAAGUGGAGACCCAAUUUCUGAUUAUGAUUCUCCUCCAGACUAUCCUUUCUGAUAAGAUACGUGUGCUAGCUUUGGGAGUGAACAAGGAAAGAAUGGACAAGAAGAACCGUUGGAAAUAAAGACUGGAAGAAGCAGGCUGCUAGCUUUGGGAGUGAACAAGGAAAGAAUGGAUUGCCGUAAACCAAAGAUGGAAAGGAGCGUCUUGGGAAUCAAAGAAGGAAAGAAGCUUGGUUUGUGGUGAUUAUAAUCAAUCAAUUACCAACGGGCAGAAAUCAAGAAGAAGGGGCUGAGUAUAAGUAACUCAGCCAGAGGCAGCUUGAAACCACUUUUCGGAAAUCAAAGUAACCAGGAGAGAUUAAGGAUAUUAGCUAGUGUUGUUUUGAUAAGGAAAGAGGGCUUGGCUGAUUCAGGGAGAAUUUUAGCACAAGUAUAAAGUGUUGGGAAACAC